AUGCAUCCCGCGGCUAGACUGUUAUCACGGUCGGUGUGGAAGGGCCCCAACAUUGUGCCGCUCCCCAUCAGAGACGCAAUGGCUAAGGGCACCCCGAUAAGAACAAACGCAAGGGCCGCCACAAUCCUACCCCAAUUUGUUGGGCUCAAGUUCCAGAUCCACAACGGUAAGGAGUACGUGCCUGUGGAGGUGUCCGAAGACAUGGUGGGCCACAAGCUGGGUGAGUUCGCGCCCACUAGGAAGCGGUUCAGCUACACUCAAACCAAGAACAAAUGA